CAACUUGUUCACUUAUUGUUUCUUGUGGACUUAUAUCACAUAUUUAAUAAAUAUAUAGUAUUUCAAAUAAACAUGGGCGACAAUACGGUACUAGUUCAAGCAGUAUUAAUGUUUUUCUGUUGGCUUAUGAGGACGACGGAAAGUAACCACGAACUGCGAGAUGUCGAAAAUAUAUUUUCAAAGUGCAAGAAACAUUCGGCAGAAUUCGAUGAUUGUAUGAAACAGGCUUUAAACGAUCUCAGACCUUAUUUUAAGCGAGGCAUACCGGAAAUUGGCGUCGCGCCUUUUGAUCCCCAUACAGCGAAGGAAGUGAAACAAACACGUACAAUACUUGGAAUCAUAUACACUAUCAUUCUACGAGAUGUUUAUGAAUACGGUUGGACUCAAUCUACUGUUACGAAAUUCAAAACUAACUGGGCCAACACAUCCAUUAUCUAUUCGCAGUACUUCCCAGAAAAGUACUUAGAGGGACGUUAUGAAUUUAUGAUCGGGGCGAGUGGGUUGGCGAUGGCGCGCACGCGCAGCGGACAUUGGAACCUCACGCUGAGAGCCUACGCGCAGACGACGCGCGUGGCGCGGCGCGGCGAGGCCGUCCGCGUCCGCGUCGAGAUCGACCGCAUAGGCGACAUGAACCUGCAUAUCACCAACCUAUUUUCUGGAACCGGAUUAGAACAACUAGUUGAUGGCGUGAUCAAUACGUUUUGGAAACCGGGGUUCGGAUUAGUGAAGCCUAUGAUCAAUGACCUUGUAAGCAGUGCCUUUACGAAUAUCUGGAGUGAAUCUUUUAAGUUAGUUAAUGUCCAAAACUUGAUCAAAAACUAGCUUCAGCUCGGGGUGAUGCUUUUAGAUAAAUUUAUAAAUAAAUUACACAGAUCAACCUAGCCCCAAACUAAGCAAAGCUUAUAUACUAUGGGUGCUAGGCGACGAUAUACUUACCUAAAUAUAGAUAUAAAUACGUACUAUAUAAGGUACAGCGGGGCAAAUCUCGACUGAA